AUAGAACCCCUCAAGAAGGGACUCAGAAGUUAUAGUAGAAUGGUAUUGUGUGAAAUAGGCACACUGUAAAUUCCGUAAAGGUAUAUUCCUGUUUCCCCCGUUAUGAUGAUAUUUUAAGUUCAGUUCUUCGUUUAAAGUUUAAGAUGUCGCAUGAAGGGUUGUGUCGUAGGUUUGACGAAUCGCUCUGGACAUAGUUUUAUCCUUCAAGACUGACCAGUUUAUCGGAUCGAAGACCUUGCUUGAAACUAAUUUCAAAUAUAUAGGUGAAGAAAAUUGGAUUCCAUGUUUGUCAAGCCGAAUUACUGUGUAUCAUUCGCACAAUGAGAACGAACCGUGAAAUUCGGAUCGCCUCGUAUUCGGUAUUUAUCGGCUUUCUUUCGGCUCUCAUCCUCGUCCAACUUUACUUGUCGAGAUCAGACGCCCGGAGAAAGCGCAUCGAAGAUAUUCAUCGCCAACAGGAGGAACGAUUUCGCGUAUUAGGUGACUACCAAGCAGUGUUACAAGAACCUUGUCAGAACCAACAACCUCGAGCCUGUCCGAGGUGCCCGGAUACAAAGGUUUUACUUCCGGAGUCACUUCAUAAGUUUGUGGAUGAUCACAUGAAGACACAGAGGGGUAGUCCACUGGUGAUCGCCAAGGCGCAGAGUAAAGGAAUUCCAAGUUACUAUCUAUCAACUCAUCCAAAAGAGAAAGACCAAGAGACAGCCCACCUGUUAUCAGGACAGACAGGUUGGCAGGAUAAAACAUUGAUAAGACUUUGUCAUCUAAUGAACAAUGCCCAUGAGGACGCAUUCUUUGUAGACGUUGGCGCGUACGUAGGUACUAUAGCAAUGGGCGUGGCUGCUUGCGGACAUCGGGUGGUUGCCAUAGAGCCGCAUCAUCAAAACUUCCAGCUCCUCCAAGAGAGCGUUGCUCUUAACAGAUUAGCUGAAGACAGGAUCUUUCUCUAUAACAUAGCGAUUGGUAACCAAACCGGAAAGACAUGCAUGGCAGCUAGCUCCAGUGAUCAUAGCAAUGCCAGGAUACCACCCUCAGAUCAGAAAAGUCCGCUGUACUGCAAAAAUGGAGAAAUUCCCAUCAGCAGACUGGAUGACGUCACAAAGGAACUUCCAGUGUGGAUCCUGCACAUCGACGUUCGUGGUUAUGAACCGGCAGUCAUCGCCGGAGCCGAGAAACUACUCUCAAGAGAUUCCCCGCCAAAAUACCUCAUGUUUUCCGUUCAACGCCAAUACAGCACAAAUGCCUUGGGGAAUACCCUGGACUUCUCCGAUAUUUUGGACUGGCUAAUCAAGAUUGGAUAUAAACUAAAGACAGCUAAACAUGAAAGUAUCAAAGUUGGUAAAGAAUACCUCGCCCAACUGGGCUACGAUACAGAUUACGUCACUGCAGUAUUUGAACCAGAAACAUAGACACUUUCAUCUAAUCUAUAAACUGCUCUCAACCCAGGUGAGGUAAAUGGUUCCCGGCAGGAAGUAGUUCCUCAAAAAGCAUUGCGCACCGGAAUAUUAGGUAGACUAGCUUACCCGGGGUAAUAAUAGGAGCGCCUUCAGCACCUAGCAAAGUGGAUAUGUGCAUGCGUUAUACAAAUCCUAUACUAUUUAUUAUUUUAUCUAUUAGAUGCGAAAUUAAUCUUUACAAAAUAUUCUAUGUAUAGGCCAUAUGCUUAAAGGGGAUGUCCACCCCAGCAAAGAGUUGCUUUGUAUUAAACGAGAAAAGGCGAAUAAGCUAUCAUGAACCCCUUAAAAUUCAUCAAAAUUUGAUGCAAUCUAAGAAAGUUGUGAUAUUUUUAAAGAUUUCGUUUAUUUUUUUUUCACAAAACGGUUAUGCACAACACAGUGAUAUGCAAGUGAGAGAGUCGAUAGUUUAACCCACUCACUCUUUCUAAUGUAUUUUUAUAGUAUAAAUUGUAUAAUAUUUCAUUUUGAAGAGACUUGACGAUAAAGAAACUCUUAAUCAUAAUAAUAUAGGUAACAAUUGCCGUUCUACAUGUUCAAGAGGAAUCAAAUUUUAUUCCUCAUUGUGUAGACGAUAAAAAUAAAGAUAUAUACCAUUUCAUAAAGAAAACGCACACACGCAGAAAUAGUGAGUGGGUGAUGUCAUCAGUUUCCUUAUUUUGAUAUAACUGUUUUGUGAAAUUAAGCGAAACUUUAAAAUGACAUAACUUUAUUUUACGUCAGAUGUUGAUGAAUAUUUUUCAGUGUGAAGCUUUGAUUGAAUUUCGUCUUUUUAUUCUGUUAAAUUUUUUGUUGGUAUAUGAAAAAUCACUUUACAAAACUGAAAUGAUUCAAUAGAUAAUCGAAGUAUUUUUUUUCCAUUUUUGUUCGUAAAUGACAGUCCACCAAUAUAGCCGAGACAAACAAAAUUUGAGUGAUUCUUUCCGGGCGAUUCUCGAAUAUGUUUUAAAUUGUAUGCCUACAUUUCUUUCCACAUAAUGAGGAAAUGUACCGGAGGGUUAAUACUUGGUAAUACCAGGAAUUCCCUGGUGAUACGGAGAAGCCUGCUCAACACAUCGUAGCUGGGCUGUCCAGGGGAGCAUUUUAUGAACUAGAAUUGUCAUGAUUGUCGGACGUUUUAUCCGACAUGUCCUGUUUUAUCCGACAGUUACUAUAGCAACAGUGCUUCUAAGCCAAUCAAAAUCAAGGAAAGUGGUCAGGUCUGACAACUUGUCGGAUGAGAAAGUUGAUGAAAUGUCCCCUCCCAUGCAGAUGAUAAGUUAAUUAAAGGGCAAGUCCACCCCAGAAAAAUGUUGAUUUGAAUAAAUAGAGAAAAAUAAAACAAGCAUUAUGCUAAAAAUUUCAUCAAAAUCGGAUGUAAAAUAAGAAAGUUAUGACAUUUUAAAGUUUCGCUUAUUUUUCACAAAAUAGUGAUAUGCACAACUCAGUGACAUGCAAAUGAGACAGUCGAUGAUGUCACUCACUCACUCUUUCUUUUGUUUUUUAUUGUUUAAAUUAUACAAUAUUUCAUUUUUUACAGAUUUGACAAAUAUGGACCAACUUGAUUGAACCAUAUAAUAUUAAACAAUGCUAAUUGCACAUGUUCAGGGAGGAAUUAAUCGUUGUUUCACACGACAACAGGGAUAAAAUUUCAAUAUUUCAUAUUUCAUAUAAUAAAAUACAAAAGAAAUAGUGAGUGAUGUCAUCAGUCUCUUCGUUAAUAUUUGCAUACCGACAAGAAUGUGGAUAUAACCGUUUUGUGAAAUUAUGCGCAACUUUAAAAUGUCAUAACUUUCUUAUUUUACAUCCGAUUUUGAUGAAAUUUUCAGUGUUAUGCUUGUUGGAUUUUUCUCUUUUUAUUCAAAUCAACUAUUUGUUGGGGUAGACUUGUCCUUUAAAAGAGGGGGGUUGCUAAUCGGUGCCAAACCUGAUUAGGUCUACGUGUCCUCUCUGAAAAUUAAUGUGUUAAUGAACGAACUCAAAACGCCAAACGGAAUGCGAACGUAGAUGUCGAAAAAUAUUCUCUAUGCGAGAUGAUCCCCAAAACUCAAUUGAGGAAACUGACACGAUACGUCUUUUCGAACAUUUGCCAAAUAUUAUGAAUAUAAAGAACACAGUAAUCGCAACUCAGACUUGCCUCACACGCGUAUUAACUGACUUUUUUUUAAUGAAGGGGGGGGUGUAUAAGCUGAUGGGAAAAUCCCUCCUGCUCUCAGGCUGUUAUUUUGCUCGUUAACACUCCUUUCCCAUAAAUUAGUAAUUAAAAUCACCUUACUGUUCAAAUCUUCGGCCUAAUGCCGUGGGAGGAAUUCGCGAAGUAAUUUUUAAAUGUAAAGUGCAUUUAAAAAAUUAAUACUAGUAUAAGAACGAUAACUGAAAAACAAAUGCAUCAAAUCUGGGCUACUUUUUUCACACCGAUGGGAGAAAAAUUACAAAACAGAAAAUUUGCCACCAGUGUAAUGCCAUAUUUAUCGUGGACAAACUUGCAGCCCUUUCAAUAUAUAGUUGCCAAGCUCAGUGUAUUGCGCACCGCUAUACGUAUAGUGAGAAAGUAGACACAAAAUUUAGAACGAAAGUCAUAGAGGCCGGUUUGAUUAUUCCGUACUGAUCAGAACACAUAUUAAUGCAUGUAGAGAACGUGCAAAAAAUACUGCUGCCUGUUAACUUGGUUAAUAUAGAAAUUUAUAAAUUAUUUAUGCUGAUGGAAAAUAAAUUAAGUAUUAUAAUAAACUCCAAUUAUAGUGUA